AUGUCCAGAUCAAACAGUGUCAGCCCACCCGGAGUCGGUGCGCCCGGGCUGAGGGGAGGGACUGAGCACAGAUCAGCUUGGGGAGAGUCUGAGUCUGUGGCGAACGGGUGCCCGUACUCAGCCAGAUCUCCGCGCAAGAAGCUCACCCGGACCAACAGUCGGUGGAGAGAAGAGGAUGAUCAGGAGCACCGGCAGCCCGGGCGAGCCUCCACGACGGUCAGCAGGGUCAGCUUCACGUCUAGGUCGGCUUGGCAGGACCAUGGUGAGGAGAACCGAGACAACAACCGCGCGUCCCCUAAGCGUCCUGACGGCGAGGUGAGACCCAAAUCUGUGGAGCUGGGUCUGGAGGAGCGCAGAGGCAAGCCGAGGGCCGACGAGGAGGAGGUCAUGCCCGAAGUAAACUUUUCUUUAGUUGCCUGCUGCAACAGCGUCAUGCACAUUUUUAAAUCCAAGAAAUUCCAGUCGGAGAAUUUGGAGCGACUCUACCAGCGCUACUUUUUCCGUCUCAACCAGAGCAGUUUGACCAUGCUCAUGGCAGUGCUGGUGCUGGUCUUCACGGUCAUGUUAGUCUUCCACUGCUCCGGUGGGACAGCCAGACCCAGCGUUACUUAUGUGGUGGUAUUUUCUGUGGCCAUCUUCCUCACACUCAUACUCAUGGUGGUAUGUAACAGGAACGGCUUUCACCAGGACCAUAUGUGGAUUGUGUGUUACUUGGUCAUCCUGUUGGUGCUGGUGAUCCAGGUGAUCGGCGUGCUUCUGGUGCAGCCGAGAAGUGCCUCAGAGGGGAUCUGGUGGACGGUGUUCUUCAUCCAUGUCAUCUACACUCUGCUGCCCGUCAGGAUGAGAGCCGCGGUCAUCACUGGAGUUAUUCUAUCUGCCAUCCACGUGGCUGUUUCUUGGAUGUUAAACGGCACGGACAGCUUUCUAUGGAAGCAGAUAGUGUCCAACGUGCUCAUCUUCUCCUGUACUAACAUCGUGGGAGUGUGCACCCAUUACCCCGCAGAGGGCUCCCAGAGGCAGGCCUUCCAGGAGACCAGGGAAUGCAUACAAGCUCGCCUUCACUCCCAGAGGGAAAACCAGCAGCAGGAGCGUCUCCUGCUUUCAGUGCUUCCCCGACACGUUGCCAUGGAGAUGAAAGCCGACAUUAACGCCAAGCAGGAGGACAUGAUGUUUCACAAGAUCUACAUCCAGAAGCACGACAAUGUCAGCAUCUUAUUCGCAGACAUCGAGGGUUUCACCAGUCUGGCGUCCCAGUGCACAGCCCAGGAGUUGGUGAUGACUCUCAAUGAACUCUUUGCUCGCUUUGACAAGCUGGCAGCGGAGAACCACUGUCUGCGGAUCAAGAUCUUGGGAGACUGUUACUACUGCGUGUCUGGGCUGCCAGAGGCGAGGGCCGAUCACGCCCACUGCUGUGUGGAGAUGGGGUGUGACAUGAUAGAGGCUAUCUCGCUGGUACGGGAGGUGACGGGAGUGAACGUGAACAUGCGAGUGGGCAUCCACAGCGGCAGGGUGCACUGCGGGGUGCUGGGACUCAGGAAGUGGCAGUUUGACGUCUGGUCCAAUGACGUCACACUAGCCAAUCAGAUGGAGGCUGGGGGCCAAGCUGGACGGAUCCAUAUCACCAAGGCCACUCUGAAUUAUCUGAACGGUGACUACGAUGUGGAGCCGGGUUCAGGGGGGGAAAGAAAUGCCUACCUGAAGAAGAACAACAUAGAAACCUACCUCAUUGUGGGAUGCAGUCAAAAACGGAAAGAGGAAAAGGCGAUGAUAGCCAAGAUGAACCGACAGAGGACGAACUCUGUCACCCACAACAGCGGCCACUGGACCGACCGUCCCUUCUACAAUCACCUGGGUGGCAACCAGAUCUCCAAGGAGAUGAAGAGGAUGGGAUUUGAAGACCCCAAGGACAAGCAUUUCAUAUUCAGAAAUGCUCAGGAAAAUCUAAACCCGGAGGACGAGGUGGAUGAGUUCCUGGGCCGGGCCAUCGACGCACGCAGCAUCGACCGCCUGCGCUCCGAACACGUGAAAAAGUUCCUGCUCACCUUCAGAGAGCCUGACCUAGAGAAAAAGUACUCCAAACAGGUGGACUCCAGGUUCGGGGCCUACGUGGCCUGCGCCUCCCUCGUCUUUCUCUUCAUCUGCUUCAUCCAGAUCAUCAUCGUGCCACCCUCCAGCCUGAUGAUCGGCUUCUUCAUCACCUGUCUGAUCAUCCUGACGGCUGUCAUGUUCGUGUCAGCUGUGUACUGCUGUUUCGGGCUCUUCCCAGUCCCACUGCAGGCUUUGUCUAAGAGGAUAGUCCAGUCAAGACUGAACAGCACCCUGGUGGGCGUCUUCACCAUCAUCAUCGUCUUUCUGUCUGCUUUCAUCAAUAUGUUCACCUGCAGCAGCCACGACCUGCGGAGCUGCAUCAGGGCCGAGCUCAACAUCAGCCUGGACAGUGUGAACGCCUGCCACGCCCACCUCCUCAACUACAGCCUGGAGAUUGAGCACAACCCCUGUGAAGAAGACGCACUCAUCUGCAGCUUUCCUGAGUACUUCUCAUCCUGCGUGUUGCUCAGCCUGCUGGCCUGCUCGGUCUUCCUGCAGGUCAGCAGCAUCGGUAAACUCUUCCUCAUGCUCUUCAUCGAGCUGCUCUACCUCCUUAUCAUGGAGGUGCCCAAAGUGAGUCUCUUCGACAACCAGGACCUGCUGGUCAUGGCCAACGCCAUCAAUGCUGUCGAGCAUAUGAAUGGGACAAGCUGUGUGAUGGACUCCAAGGUUCCUCUGAAGAUCAUGACACCAGUGGUCAUCACCGUCUUUGUUCUUGCCCUGUACCUUCACGCCCAGCAGGUGGAGUCCACAGCCAGGCUGGACUUCCUGUGGAAGCUGCAGGCCACAGAGGAGAAGGAAGAGAUGGAGGAGCUGCAGGCCUACAAUCGCCGCCUGCUCCACAACAUUCUGCCCAAAGACGUGGCCGCCCACUUCCUGCAGCGCGAGCGGCGCAACGACGAGCUCUACUACCAGUCGUGCGAGUGCGUCGCCGUCAUGUUCGCCUCCAUCAGUAACUUCUCAGAGUUCUACGUGGAGCUGGAGGCCAACAACGAGGGGGUGGAGUGUCUGCGGCUGCUCAAUGAGAUCAUCGCUGACUUUGACGAGAUCAUCAGUGAGGACCAGUUCCGUCAGCUGGAGAAGAUCAAAACCAUCGGCUCCACCUACAUGGCGGCUUCCGGCCUGAACGACUCCACGUACGACAAGGCCGGGCGCUCGCACAUCCGCGCCCUGGCCGACUACGCCAUGAGGAUGAUGGACCAGAUGAAAUACAUCAACGAACACUCCUUUAACAACUUCAAGAUGAAAAUAGGUCUUAACAUGGGUCCGGUGGUUGCCGGGGUGAUCGGGGCGAGGAAGCCUCAGUACGAUAUCUGGGGGAACACGGUGAACGUGGCGAGUCGCAUGGACAGCACAGGUGUACCAGAGAGGAUCCAGGUGACUGCAGAUCUGUACCAAGUCCUGAGCUCCUAUAACUACACAUUAGAAUACAGAGGUUUGGUCACAGUCAAGGGCAAAGGAGAGAUGAUGACUUAUUUUCUCACCGGCGGACCCUCAAGCAGUUAACCCACACUAAAGUGACAGACAGACACACUUUGUAGGCACCUUAGCUCUGCCUCUGACACAGCGAGCAGGCUCACGGACCUCAAAUAGCUCACGGCGGACUGAGACCAACUCUCUCUUCUCGCAGCGCCGACGGCCCUCUCGAACCUACGGAGGUCACUACAUGGGGACGGCCGAGAAAACUCACCCCCGAACCCACCGAACCUUCAGCCUGUAGAGGAGAACCACAAGUGGGCUAGCCUGAGUCUGUCGUUGAGACCAAAGAUGUCCGAUCAGAGCGUGUAGACAGAUUUCGCCACCUGGGUCUCGGUCCUGACGGGGAAAAAAUUCUCUGAGAAACUUUUGUUUGCUUCAAGUCUGCUAGAUUAUUUUUUUUCUGAGGGUUUUUUGGACAAAACUUUCGGGAGGACAUUGAACGGUGUCACUUCCCUUCCUAUCGCUCUGCCUUUCUCCUGCUGAAGUAUAUAUAUGUACAUGUAAAACACAAGACAGUUUUAUGUGUAUGUAUACGAUUGUAUGUAAAAAAAAAAAAGAAAACACAUUUUGUCCCACGCUGUUGUGACACAGGUACGAAUCUCUCAAGCGUGGAUACCCGAGCAGCACUAUCCGUCCCUGUAUCAAUACCCGAUCACGUCAGUAAUUAACCGAUCGACUGAAGGAGUCGCAGUAAGUCGUUGCGUAUCCACGACGAGGUCCCUCAAGAGAGUUUAAGAGAACAGAGAGAAACCACUUCCGUUACACACUCACACUACAGUAUCAACAGCAUACACACACAUACACACACACACACAAAAACAUAAAAGGAUGUCAAUGAAGACCUUUUUCUAAUCUUCGACAUUUUGUAUUUCGACUUCGGAAAAAAACACCAAACUCUAUCAGAUAUUUUAAGAGUCUAUAUUUUGUACAUUAAUAUAUUAGAGAGCUAUCUAUAAACACCGAUGUGUAUUCAGAUGUACAUACUGUAUCACUCUCAUGUUGGGAUUGCGGAGGUCCUCACUGGUGUCGCCUGGUCUUUACGUUAGCAUCACAGCUGAUGUACCGUUUAAGCUUCGGCGGCUCAAACCCCCUCCCCCGCCCCCCCCGCCCCUCCCGAUGCUCUUUUCCUAACGUCGACCGCUUCGAUCCGCAGGGAGUCGAUUAAUCGCAGACCGGAUGGAGGUUACUGAUGGCCCCCCCCAUCCCCCCCUCUCCCUUCUCGUGUGUCUGAAUUUCACUGCAACAAGGAAGGACUUUGAAUGACAGGCUAGAGGACGUGGAACGCAUCACUCUUGGUGCUCAGAA